AUGAGGCUUAGUCUACAGUCUGUGGCCUCGCCUUUGGCCCAGCCGGCAUCUGAGACAAGGGAACGGCGCCUCUUGGAGCUGCAGCUCAUGAAUUACUUCUGCUUCAGCGUAUGUUCUUCUUUGCCCGGAACAUAUUUUCCCGGAAUCCGCCAGAUCUGGACAGUCGUCGUCCCCAGGCUCGCGAUCAGCUACGAUGCUCUCCUACAUGCCAUCAUGGCACUCUCUUUGCGGCAUAUGCUCUGCACCGGCUGUCAAGAUAUUGCGCCACUAGACAAAAUCAAACUUUACCACGCUCAGUACCUCGAAGCGACGUUGCAGGAGUAUCGCAAAGUCGUUGUUACUUUGACCACAGCCGUUGCAGACGCUGCAAGCUUCACAUCGGUCGUCUUGUCGCUGGAUGCCUUUGCGAGUCUGCGCGACCGUGAAUUCGGCGACUAUACGGCCCCAGUGCAGUGGCUGCAGCUAUGCAAGGGCGUCACGCAAGUUUUUCGAGUGACGCUUCAGCUCCUCGGGGGCGAUGCAGAGGCCAACAUCAAUAAGAUUGUCGCCACCAGCGGUCCGUUUGUCGAGCCUUCUAAAAUUCUGUGCGAGGCGAACAGAAAUCAGUUCCCUGCGCUGCUCGUUCGGCGACCGGAAGAUUCAGAUGAAGACGAUGCUGCCUACAUUGACACUGUGAGUUAUAUCGGCGCCAUCCAAAGCGCUGCUGAUGCGGGCGAGCAUAUGGAUGCCAUCACGCGCCGCUUGGUCAUCUAUCCAGUGCUCUUUCCGCAACGCUUCGUCGCAUUGUUGGACGAGCACCGGCCGCGUGCCCUGGUGAUUCUUGCGCACUUUUUUGCAGUUGCGGCACACUGUCAAGCAUCUGCCUGGGUUGGCGAUAUCCCCAAGAAAGAAAUUCUUGCUUUGGAAGAAUUUUUAGCGCCACAGUAUCGCCAUGAGCUUGCCUGGCCUCUCAGCGUGGUGAGGCCGCGCGCUAGGUGA